AUGGAUUGGCCUCGGUACACUACAAUUUACCCAGACAAGAGCGAGCCUAAACAUAGACAUCUGGUGCCUGAAAUACUGCCUCUGGGAUCAUACUCCGCGCACCUUACUACCACAAAGGGAACGAGAGUGAACAUUAUCGACAUCUACCUACUCAGUUGUGCCUUUGGACGUUCAUGCUGUGCCUCAGUUUUGGGUGAGUGCAGGUGUGUGGGAGUGUUGCAGCCUUUGGAGAGUAUAACGGCUGAACAAAUGUCUCGUAUAGUGUUGGCACUCGCCCUGGUGGCUCUGGUCCGCGGCGACGCUGAAGCCGACCCUGACUACCCAGCAGCGCGUCCCCCAACCAGCUAUGGCGCCCCCCCAGCCCCAAGCUAUGGCGCCCCCCCAGCUCCAAGCUAUGGCCCUCCCCCUGCCCCCAGCUACGGACCUCCCCCUGCCCCCAGCUACGGACCUCCCCCUGCCCCAAGCUACGGACCUCCACCCAAGCCUAAGAACACGUGUCCUAAGAAAUGCUACGAAAAGACUGUGUACACCACCAUCACUAAUACGGCCAAGGAACACCACACCUCCUGGAACACCAAGAACCAGUACGUGCCUACAACCCUCUACAAGUACAUGACGGAGACGCUCUACUACCCUACCACCGUCGUCCAGUACGAGUUCGUGACCCAACCUCUACCAGACCAAGUGAUUUACGAGACCAAGGUGGCGUACAACACGGACAGGAUCGAGGAAGCUCACAUCACGACGGUGCAGGAGAUGAUGCCCGGUACCCACUACUACAUGAAGACGCUGACGGAGAGCAACUACUGUACUAACACUGUCCAGGUUCCUUAUUACGUAACGGUGACGGAACACGUGUACAAGACAGUCCAGGAACCCCAUUACGUCACGGAGACCAUGGAACAUAACUACGUCACCGUGACGGAAGAUGAACCUCACUACGUCACCAAGACCGACCUCAAGACCGAACAGCAACACAUGUACGUGACGGUAACAGAGACCAAACACGGCUACCACACCAUCACCCAGACCAAGACCGAGCCGCAUUAUACCACCGUGUGUAACUACGGCAGCGGUGGUUACUGUUCCUCCUCCUAACAACGUAUGGUACCCACCCCUCCCCAAGAAGACCACCAUCACACCUGCAUAUAUUAAUCGCACACCGUCUACGGUUAACUAACUUUAAGCUUUAGAUACUUCUCUUAGUUUAUAUUCCUCAGUAUUUACACAAGUGAUAUCAAAUUAUAGGGCGGCAACCCUAUAUUUGUAUUAUGUUUUAUUGUUGUAUUGUUGACUGUUAGGUCAGUCUCCCGCGGGCGGCGGACUUACAGCAGAUGUCGGGCUUAAAAGACGUCUGUAAAACAAAGGUUAUUUUUAUAAGACUGUGACAUUAAUGGGCUAAUGUCACACCAUAUCAACAAAUGUCAAUAUUUUUAGAAGUCUGUGUCAUUGCUGGUCUAAUGUCACUCCAUAUCAAUGUGUCUAUAUGUUUGUUUUAUAAGACUGUGUCAUUACCAGGAUAAUGUCACUACUUGUAUCUACAAAUGUCAAUGUUAACUUUCAUAUUAGUUUGUCGUCGACUCAACUGUGGGCAGUCUUUUUUUUUUUAUCUCUCGCUCAACUAUAUUUUGUAAUAUAUUUCACAUAUUGCCUACUGUUGACUCGGACGCCCCACCUACACGUAUAAGUUCACAAUUUUAGUUUAUUAGAUAAAUGUUAUAGUCCAUUAUGACGUAGCACACUAUUGUUACCCCCAACCUCCUCCCUCCGUUAACCAUUGUUCUCACCUGUAGUGUUUACGUCUCACGCCACCUACUUGUGUAUAUCUACAAGUCUUUCAGGAUAAUGUGUUUACCCUUAAGGACCAUUAUAUGUAUAUUCCAUCCGAGAAAUAAAAGUGUUUUUUUUUUAA